CGCACCCCCCGCCGCCGCCGGAGCCGCUGCCAUCGGCCGCGAUGGGGGCCGCCCCGCUCCGCCGCCUGCUGCUCUCGCUGCUGCUCCUGCCCGCCAAGGGGACCGGCGCGCCCGCCGAGGAGCCGAGGGAGUACCGCGAUCCCUGCAAGGCCGCUGCCUUUUGGGGAGAUAUCGCUUUAGAUGAAGAUGAUCUGAAGCUGUUUCAAAUAAACGGAACUGUUGACUUAACAAAGCACUCAGGUGGCAACGCAAGACACACUUCAGGAGGCCUGGGAGAACAGUUUCUUGUGUCAAGCGAGAAUACCACUUCAACUGAUCAAAAAGCAGUUAAAAAGGACGGCAGGCAGAACACAACGCUUGCAAGGAGACCGAAGAUGAAGGAAUAUAAAGAUGAGUCUGGGAUGGAUACACACUCCUCUCCCAGAGUGCGCAGGGCAACCACAUCCAGGGCUGAGAGGAUCUGGCCAGGGGGGGUCAUCCCCUAUGUGAUCGGAGGAAAUUUCACUGGAACCCAAAGAGCUAUCUUUAAGCAAGCGAUGAGGCACUGGGAGAAACAUACUUGUGUGACGUUUGUGGAGAGAACUGAUGAAGAGAGUUUCAUUGUGUUCACGUACAGAACGUGCGGAUGCUGCUCAUAUGUGGGUCGCCGAGGAGGGGGCCCUCAAGCUAUAUCUAUUGGGAAGAACUGUGACAAGUUUGGUAUUGUGGCGCAUGAGCUGGGUCAUGUGGUGGGUUUCUGGCAUGAGCACACACGGCCUGACAGGGACCAGCAUGUCACAAUCAUCAGAGAGAAUAUACAGCAAGGUCAGGAAUACAACUUUUUAAAGAUGGAAGCUGGAGAAGUGAACUCACUGGGAGAGACCUAUGACUUUGACAGCAUCAUGCACUAUGCUAGGAACACAUUCUCCAGAGGGGUUUUUCUCGACACCAUCCUUCCCCGUCGUGAUGAUAAUGGAGUCCGGCCAACUAUUGGUCAGCGUAUUCGCCUGAGUCGGGGAGAUAUCGCUCAGGCAAGGAAGUUGUACAAAUGCCCAGCUUGCGGAGAGACUUUGCAGGACUCAACAGGGAAUUUCUCAGCCCCUGGCUUUCCAAAUGGCUACCCCUCCUACUCCCACUGUGUCUGGAGGAUCUCGGUGACCCCAGGGGAAAAGAUUAUGUUGAACUUCACAUCAAUGGACCUAUUUAAAAGUCGCCUUUGCUGGUAUGACUAUGUGGAAGUGCGUGAUGGCUACUGGAGAAAAGCUCCUUUACUGGGUAGAUUUUGUGGUGACAAGAUCCCUGAACCAGUAAUCUCCACAGACAGCCGACUGUGGAUUGAGUUCCGGAGCAGCAGUAACAUCCUGGGCAAAGGCUUCUUUGUGGUCUAUGAAGCUAUUUGCGGUGGAGAAAUUCACAAAGAUGCUGGCAACAUCCAAUCUCCCAAUUACCCAGAUGACUACAGACCUUCCAAAGAGUGUAUCUGGAAGAUCACAGUUUCUGAGGGCUUUCACAUAGGAAUCACAUUCCAAGCCUUUGAGAUUGAGUGGCACGAUGCAUGUUCUUAUGACUACCUGGAGAUCCGAGAUGGCCUCACUGAAUACAGCCCACUGAUCGGUCGCUUCUGUGGCUAUGAGAAGCCAGAAGAUAUCAAAUCCAGUUCAAAUAAAGUAUGGAUGAAGUUUGCAUCUGAUGCAACCAUCAAUAAAGCAGGCUUUGCAGCAAAUUUCUUUAAAGAGAUGGAUGAAUGUUCUCUCCCAGACAACGGUGGGUGUGAGCAGCACUGUGAGAACACACUGGGGAGUUACAAGUGCACCUGCGAGCCUGGCUAUGAGUUGAGAGCUGAUAAGAAGAGCUGUGAAGCUGCCUGUGGGGGCUUCAUCACCAAGCUCAAUGGGACCAUUACUAGCCCUGGAUGGCCCAAGGAAUAUCCUACUAACAAAAACUGCGUCUGGCAGGUGGUAGCUCCAGCCCAGUACCGGAUCUCCCUGCAGUUCGAAGUGUUUGAGCUGGAAGGCAAUGAUGUCUGUAAAUAUGACUAUGUUGAGAUUCGUAGUGGAUUGGCUUCUGACUCUAAGCUGCAUGGAAAAUUCUGUGGCUCAGAGAAGCCUGAAGUGAUCACAUCGUAUGGCAACAACAUGAGACUGGAGUUCAAGUCAGACAACACGGUCUCCAAGAAAGGCUUUAAAGUUCACUACUUUUCUGACAAGGAUGAAUGCUCCAAAGACAACGGUGGUUGCCAGCACGAAUGUAUCAACACCUUUGGGAGCUAUGUAUGCCAGUGCAGAAAUGGCUUCAUGCUGCAUGAAAAUGGCCACAACUGUAAGGAAGCUGGUUGCGAGCACAAGCUGAGUGGUGCAGAGGGAAUGAUGAGCAGUCCAAACUGGCCUGAGAAGUAUCCCAGCCGGAAAGAGUGCACCUGGGACAUCUCUGCAAUGCCUGGCCACCGAGUGAAAGUAACCUUCAAUGAGUUUGAGAUUGAACAGCACCAAGAAUGUGCGUAUGACCACUUGGAAAUGUAUGACGGGCCCAACAGCAAGUCACCUGUCCUUGGCCGCUUCUGUGGCAGCAAGAAACCAGACCCUGUAGUGGCUUCUACCAACAAGAUGUUCCUCAGGUUUUACUCAGAUGCAUCUGUGCAAAGAAAAGGUUUUCAGGCAAAGCACAGCACAGAGUGUGGUGGACUCUUAAAGGCUGAAGUACAAACUAAGGAACUGUAUUCCCAUGCUCAGUUUGGGGAUAACAACUACCCGGGUCAAAGGAACUGUGAAUGGGUGAUUGUAGCUGAAGAUGGUUAUGGGGUGGAACUGACAUUCCAGACGUUUGAGAUUGAGGAGGAGGCCGACUGUGGGUACGACUACAUGGAAAUUUAUGAUGGUUACGACAGUACUGCACCACGCCUGGGACGCUUCUGUGGCUCUGGGCCUUUGGAAGAAAUCUACUCUGCGGGGGAUUCCAUCAUGAUUCGAUUCCACACAGAUGACACCAUCAACAAGAAAGGAUUUCACGCCCAAUACAUAAGUACCAAAUUUCAGGAUGCAUUGCACAUGAGAAAGUAGUUUGACUGCUCCUCACAGACAUUCCCAUCUGAAGACUGAGAUAUUUAACUGUGAUCUUUGUCUUUUUUUUUAAGCUUCUGUGCACCUGUCCAAAAGCAGUGUACAGUAUUUUCUGUAACUAAAACUAAAUCCAGUCUCCAAGGUUUGCAUUAGCAUGACCCUUUCUUGUUAACAUACCCAGAACCAAAAAUUGUCUUCUUAUCAUACCUGCCAGGGCAUAAACAUUGUAUUUUGCACAGCUUGCCACGGAGCUGAGUGAAGACUGAGACUGAAUUGAGAAAAGCCUUCAUCACUUGCGUGUCCUGUUUCUAGGUGACAUUUCCUAAGUAUCCUCUACACAUGAGCUGUCUGAACACAUUUUCUGAAGCAGACGAUUGGACAGCCUUGCAGUGGGAGUUUCUCAAUGGACGUUGGGAGCCACACACUCUCCUCUACCAGCUCAAAAGACCCUGUGCAAUAAGUGAACAACCAGAUGGCUCAGACUCCAUCACUCCUUCUGUCCCAUCUGUGUAUUGUCUUGGUUAUUAUAGGUUGAAAGGUAGGCAGAGGCACGAGAACAGUCUCUUUAGGGCUGCUAGCAACUUGGAUCAUGGUGAAUGAGAAGAGCCCAGUGCUUGAUUUGCAGUAAUUGUCAUGAUGUGUAUUGAAUGGAAGUACUCUGAUGCAGCGGCUGUGGUGGCUGACAGGGAAGUGCUAUGGUAGGAUGCAAGGCAUGACUGGUGGCAAAGCUUAACAACUGGAGCACUGACAGCAUGCUCCAGUUAUACCACCAGGCAAGGCAGAGGGCAGCAGUCCAGGCCUUAUAUUAAAUAAGGAAUCUCUCCUCCUCACUCCAUCCAUGUUUGUUUUCUCCAUCCAUGUUUGUUUUCUCAGCCUUCUUUAUGCUGUUUCCUUUCCUUAGCACUGCUUCCACGUGAGCCCUUCCUUUCCAAAGCUGAGCUGCUCUCCCCAGGGCUCCCGGCUGCAACCUAGGAGUGCUCUGCAACAUCAGCCAGCCGGAGUGUCUCACUGAAGGAAAUGCUGGGCCAGAGAUAGUCAGAGUGUCCCUGAGGCAAAGGGAUGUGAUGCAUGUCGGCUGUGGUGAACCUGUCAAACAUGUGCAAGGUCCACACGUGGGACUAAGAAUGGGAAAGCUCUGCUGGCUUCUGCUUCCUCCUUGUUCCUUGCUGGCCUGUGGCUCACUCUCUUUAACUUCAUGGCAGGGGUGUAUGUGAGAUGGUGACUUAAGCACUUUGAGGUAUAAGGUUCAGACAUGCUCUGUGUUGCAGUUAUUUAUGUACAUGGAAGCUACCGAGCCAUGGUCUUUCAGAAUUAACAGGUAGCCAGACACUUCUUUGGGAAAAAAUAGGGAAACUGUGCUUUUGGGGUAACCACUGUAAUUGAGUUGUUGAUAUAAAAGGAAAAAAAAAAAAAAAAAGAAAAAAAAUAUUUGGAAUGAUAUUGCAUUAAGGUAUUCGUGGGCAAAGCUGAGGUAUGUUAGCUUUAAUAAAGUAUUUAUAAUCCAAGGAUUACUAUGUUUACAUAACCAGUGUACUGUCAAGCUGUGGGAUGACACCUCCUCUCCAGUGUAGACUGGAGAAGUGUGGGGCCAGCACCACUGUCAGACACAAAUGACAUUCCUGGAGACGAGGGCAUUUCCAGAUGGAUAAUAAAUACAUCCGGCCCUCUCCAGAAGUCCUUGAACAAAAUAUGGUCCAAGUAUACUGAAUACUAGCAGGAGCAAAUGCAUGUAUUUUCUUGCUUGGAACAAGAAAAAUAAUUUAUACGCACACACAAAAGAUGUAUGUAUCUAAAAUGUGCAUGUGGAAGAUCAGUAGUCAAAGCCUUAAUAAGUGUCACGUGAACAAGACUGUACCACUGACUAUAGCUUUACUGCAGGCUGUAUAAAACCAUGUUAUUUCUGUUUUGUUUUUCUUAGCUCUGUUUUCUUUUUUCAAAUUUUGUGGCCUUUUUACAGGCAAGAUCUCUGAUCUCAAGAUGUUUGACCAUACGGGUCUGGGGAAGUGAACUCUGCUAGAUGGGGUCUGUAUUUGUCUUUCUCUUGCUUGCCCCCAUUCAAGCAAAAUUGUAGUGACUCAGGUCUGUAUCUAAAAGCAUGGUACCGAUCCCUGUGAAACAGAAGGAAAGUUUCAGAUGGUGAGCAGUGGUUCAGGUUUCCUGGCUCUCUAAUGGGAGCAAUCACUCCAGAGAGAAGUGACUGUAGGAGCUUCCCAUGUACUUCAAACAUCUCUGUUCCAUGUUCUGGUAAUUUCUCGUCUUCCCCAGACUGAUUCAUUGCAGGUACUUGCAAUGUGGUUUGACAGAUCUACUACUCGUUAGCAUUCAUGUGUCUCUUGUGACAGUGUGCUCACAACUGUUGUGCUGUACAUUCAACCAAUGAUGUAUGUAGGAUAUAUCUGCUGUACUGGCAGGGCUUAACAGUCAAUAAUUCUAGGUGUGCAAAAGUUUCUUAAGAAAAAACAUCAGACCCUGUAAGGUAUGUAUAUGUAUUCUGGUCUUCGUGUGGUUUUACAUUUCACUACUAAAAUAACUUUUUAAGAGGAGGAGGAGAGGAGGGUAUGGGGGCGAUCGCAAAUGUACCUGUGCCUGGAACAAGUCUCUGCAUUAAUUAAAGACUGCGGAUUCAGUUGCACAUUCUGUUGUAUGCAUGCAUUUACAUUUCCUCAAGGGGAGAAAAUGUCUUAAUACAUUCCUUGUCCUGCCAACAGUUGUUUCUGUCUACUGCUAAUACCAGGCGGGAUUUACUUUCUGCAGGAAGAGAUUUUCCCUUGAGCCUUUAGCUUUGUCUUGGCUUUUGCAAUCAAGAGGGCAUUUAGGAAGCGGGGCUGAAGAGCAAGCUGGUCAGUCAAAGGGCUGCAUUAUUAUGUUUCAUGUUCUGCACUCAUCCUUUAGUGGGCUGAGAUGCAGAUCUGCAGCAAUAAACAUUAAGGGUCUGGGAAUUAGUCCGUAAGUAGACUUCAAAAGAAGAGGCUUAUUUACUACACUACAGGAUAUGGCCUUCAGCAGCAAGUCCCAAUCUAAAAGGGCCCUCUCCUUUCACUGCCACUUUACAGGUCUUUUUUACUAGCUCUGGUACUUGCAUGGAUCUUUGUUUCUGUACUUAAGAAUGAAAGAUGUAAGAGUACUGAGGGAUGUGAUUUCCCUGCAGCUGUUGAUGGUUAACAUCUCCCCCCAGUAUAAAUGUGGAAGUGUUUUCCCCUGUAUAAAAGGACCAAAUUUUGGAUGUUCUGGUAAAGGCAGUGCUCAGGCUUUGAGGUUUCCCUCUGCAAGGUCAUUCUCAUGGGCAAGCAUCAAGUGGACUCUAUGACUCUUCCAAGAAAGAGUGUUUUAGCAUCCAGCUUAAAAUAUGAUGGAUAUUAUCCCUAAUAUUAUCCCCCGAGUGUGAGGUCUGACACAAAAAAACCCUGAGACAGUGCAUGUAACUCUUACAGUUAACAAAUUAAGAAAAUCAACUAUGAUCACCUUCAAAACGGUUCCCUUCUGAGUUGACACACAGCUGCAUAUGAUGAUGCUAAUGUUCAAGGCAAUUCUACAGAUAAUUUUCUAAAAGGCUGCUAAGGACCUCUCUUGGUUUUGCUUUCACAUCUUCUACUGACAAAAAAAAUGGGUUCCUUUGAGCACCAACUUGGUAUUUGGGAAGAGGGAGACAGGUCUGGCGAACGGGGUCAGUGCUCAAGCAUGGUGAUAUUGUUAUUAGCUAAAAACUACUUCACAAAGAAAGCAUUGUUGGCUGGCACAAACUUGAUGGUUUUUGACAAAGAGUAAGAAAACAUCUGUAUUUGAAUAGGCAUCUCCUUAUACUGAAGAAGCAGUUAAGUUGCGCCGUGUCUCGCUGUGACAGGUUAGAACAUGCUCUAUAACCAUCUCUGUCUCUCCCCUCCUGCUCCUUGUUCCCAAGCUAUAGGGCUAAUCUCAUUUUUUUUGUGUCAGACAUUAUAUCCUGAAGCUGUUUAGUAGCAAAAUAUUUUCUCACUUCCCUGUGCUGCUUCUUAUGUUGUUAUUUGUGAAUCAUAGAUAGAUGUUGUUUGUCACUGUUUUGUUCAUUGUUUCAGAUGAAUCAACAUCCCCAUGAGCAGGAAGAACACGAAUAGGAAUCAUGCCCUCCCAGACCCUGAGACGCAAGUCAUCUGUUAAUGGAUUCUCAAUGUAGCACAUAUGAUGCUAAGUGAAUUACUAAAUGGAGGACUGGCUUUAAGGCUAGACCUAGACUAACAGGGAGCUUAUGGACUUUUAUAUGACCACAAUGCCUGGGACAACACAUAUCUAUGUAAAUGAAGAGCCAGACAAACACUGCAAACCAGACAUCCAAACACAACCAAAACCCAUGAGGAUGAAGAAUCCCAGAAGAGAGGCACCUGCGCUGU